UCAUGAUCUACCUUUUCGCGCCUGGCAGAUAGCAGUUUUAUAGACCCUUCUUUUUUUUGUCAGCGUACUCGGGCGAUAUUUGUGUAUUCCUUUUAUUAACUGUUCGGGUAGAUGGCUAAAUAAGCUACAUGCCGGAGACUCGUCGUGUGUCGUUGUUUAUUGGUGUGUGCUGUUAAUGUGUUUAGGAGCUGCUGGGCUGUGUCGCUGUAUGUGCCAACUGUCUGUGAAUCACCAUAGUCUCCUUGCCUGUUUGUUCAACCAGCCUGGAAUGGGAUAAGACUCUUAAAGAGUAGAAAGCAUCUUCUCUAAGUUCCACUCCUUGGACUCCAACGCACAUAUACACAUAAAGAGCAUCAUGUUUUGGAAGUUUGACCUUCACACCACUUCCCAUAUUGACUCGCUGCUGGAAAAAGAAGAUGUGACUUUGACAGAGGUGAUGGAUGAGGAGGAUGUCCUUCAGGAGUGCAAGGCCCAAAACCCCAAGCUGAUAGACUUCUUGCUGAGACCACAGUGCAUGGAGGACAUGGUUGCCUUCAUCACUCAGGAACCGAAUACUGAUGUUGACGAAAAAGUCAAAUACAAAUACCCUAACAUAUCAUGUGAGCUGCUGACAUCAGAUGUAAGCCAGAUAAAUGACAGACUAGGAGAAGAUGAAAGUCUGCUGAUGAAGCUAUAUAGUUUCCUCCAGAGUGAACCGCCUCUCAACCCGCUGUUGGCUAGCUUCUUCUCCAAAGUCCUCACAAUCCUCAUAGGACGGAAACCUGAAAAGAUUGUGGACUUUCUGCGGAAGCGGGAGGACUUCGUAGGCUUGGUGAUCAAACAUAUUGGGACAUCAGCCAUCAUGGACCUUCUUCUUAGGAUGCUCACCUGCAUUGAACCACAACAACUACGGCAGAAUGUUUUCAAUUGGUUGAAUGAGGAGAGGGUGAUCCAGAGACUGGUUGACAUGGUACAGCCUUCUCAAGAUGAGGAUAGGCACUCUAAUGCAUCCCAAUCCCUGUGUGAGAUCAUCAGACUUUGCAGAGAUCAGAUGUUCCAAGUCCAGGGCUGUUCAGAGCCUGACCCAUUGCUGGCCACACUGGAGAAGCAAGAGACAGUGGAGCAGCUGUUGUCCAACAUCUUUGACAAGGAGAAAAAUGAGUCGGCGAUUGUCAGUGUUAUCCAGAUCCUCCUGACAUUGUUUGAGACCAGGAGACCAGCGUUUGAAGGUCAUAUGGACUGCCCUCCGGGAAUGUCCAACCCCUCAUUUUCAGUCAACCACAGCAUUCUGGAGGCUGUUAGACCUAGACUAAAAGACUUUCACCAAUUGUUACUGGAACCUCCAAAGAAGAGCAUGAUGAAGACAACCUGGGGUGUGCUGGAUCCUCCAGUGGGGAAUACCAGGCUAAAUGUGGUCAAACUGGUGGCCAGCCUCCUUCAGAGUAACACACACAGCAUUAACAAUGAACUUAUCAACCUCAACACACUGGGAGUCAUUCUCGACAUGUAUUUCAAAUACAUCUGGAACAACUUCCUUCAUAUCCAGGUGGAAAUCUGCACAGCUAUGAUUCUGGCCAUGCCACCAGCCUCCACAAACAGGCCUGACAACCAGACAGACACAGAGCAGGAUCACGUCAGGGAAAGCAUUCUCAUCAGACAUCUGUUCCAAAAGUGCCAGUUUCUUCAGAGAAUUGUGGAUGCCUGGACCUCCAAUGAGAGAGAGCAGGCAGAAGGUGGUUGUCGGCGAGGCUACAUGGGUCAUCUUACCAGAAUAGCUAACUCUAUAGUUCAUAACUGUGACAAAGGUCCUAAUGGAUCGCAGAUACAGCAGCUUAUCUCUGAACUCCCAGAGGAGGACAGAGAGAGAUGGGAGGCCUUUAUUUCUGGCCAGCUGGCUGACACAAACAAGAGAAACACUGUUGAUUUGGUAAACACACACCACAUCCACUCAUCUAGUGACGAUGAGGUGGAUUUUAAAGACAGUGGCUUUCACCAAGACUCCUCUUUACAGCAGGCCUUUUCUGAUUAUCAGAUGCAACAAAUUACGUCCAAUUUUAUUGAGCAGUUUGGCUUCAAUGACGAAGAGUUUGCUGAUCAGGACGAUGUCGUUGAUAUUCCCUUUGAUAGAAUAUCAGACAUCAACUUUUCACUGAGUACGAAUGAAAGUGCAAACGUAGCUUUGUUUGAAGCGCGCUGUAAGGAGAAGAUCCAGCAGUUUGAAGAUGCUGGUUCAGAUGAGGAAGACAUCUGGGAUGAAAAAAAUGUCACCUUUGCACCUGAGGCACAGAGACGUCCCAGGAAUUCAGGCAGCACUGACAGUGAAGAGAGUACAGAUUCCGAGGAGGAGGAUGUGAAGAGAGAUCCAUUUGAGGCUUCCAACCCCAGCAGUGAUGACAGAAUGGAAGUUGACACAGGGCCAGUGUGGACAGCUAAUUUUGAUGACAUCCCCAUGGAUACAGGCAACUCCACUGUACCAGCCUCUAGCCCCAACAAUCCUACCUCUUCCUCUUCCAUGGCAGUGCUCCCUGAAACAUCCUGGAGCCCUUCUUCAGCUGCUCCCUCGAAUUCAGAAAUGGGCUGGGCUGAUUUCUCCAACUUCUCCCCUGUCAGCCCUAAAGAUCCUCUGAGGUGCAACUCUCCCAUAGCCAUGGAAACCAACGUAGAGACCAUAGACCCACUGGGAGUCAAUGUACCGAUGCCAGAGGACUGUGAGGGUUGGCCAGAAGAUAAUGUGGCCCCUCCCUCCUCAUCACCUAAAGGUUGUAGGAACGAGGAAGAGACGUGUUGUGAGCAGCGCAGCAUUACAGAGACGGUCAUCAAUGGCUCCAUGAAAGAAACUGUCAGCCUCACUGUUGAUGCCAAGACUGAGACUGCUGUCUUUAAGAGUGCUGAAGAUAAGUGUGGUUCAUCAGAGGAGUACUCAAUAGGGGAGUUUGGGGAGGUGGAGAGAACAGGCCUCACCUUCAACAACCAAGCCACAGCUCCCUGCCCCCAAACAGGUGAUGAGAAAUGCCGGUCCUCAGUGGAGGUUCUCAAUGGUCCUUUAGGGGAUAUAUCAGCCAUUGCAGAGGCUAAACUGGAUCACAGUGAGUUGUCCUCCGAGCCACCUGUAAAUGGGCCAGUGUGAGGGUUGCCAGUAGCCAGCUUGCUUUUGCCUUCCAGGGCCCUCCUGGCCAGUCAGCUGAGGCUACUGCUCAGAGCUACAUCCAAUUACACCACACCACCAGGACCAGCAAUACUUCCUCGACAGACAGGCUCCACAGAUAGACACAGGUGUACAGCCACACGAUGAACUGAAAAGUAAAACAGAAAUGAGGCAUACUAAGGAGACACAUUUUUUGCAUUUGUUUAUAUAAUAUUGUUCCUAUGAGGUGAUGUGGCUGAUAUCUUGUCACCCGAAAGUUGCAUAAUGUUGCUAUAGUUAAACAACUGAUUGUAUGAAUAAAAUAUUUUAUAAAAGAAAAAUGUAUACAGAAAUGAAACCGUGAAGUUAAAGAAAAAAAAAGAUUGGUGAAUGCCCACGUAAGUGUGACCCAGCAAACCUAUAAGCUUACUAGAUAGAUUUAUUACCCUGAACAACAAUCUGUGAUUUAAUUUCAGGGUAAAGACGAUGGCUACCAUGUUUGAAUUCUUUGCUCGGUAUUGAUCUGUUUCACUGAGCAAAGCCUCCUCUAAGGAAUGGAAUUGAAACUGUUUUCAAAAGAUACAAAAACCUUAUUGGUUUA